CGCCAUCUCACCCCGGCUGAGAAGAAGAGGACAACUUCUCCAAUCCAUUGUGGUGGAUGUCCGACGCACUUCGAUAGAUACGACUCCCUCAUCAUGGACUCCAAUACGUCCAUUGUGGCCAAGCUUGAUGCCCUCGUGGCCGAGCUGCUGGCUGACUGGAACAUUUACACCACAUUGAUCGCGGGCGGCAUUGUCGCCUUCCUCGUCUUCUCCUUCGUCACGUCCAAAGAUACUGAUAUCCAUCCGUUUCUUCUCGCUCGUCAGUCGACUGCUUUCCCCGUCCGACAGCCUGGUGAAACGGCCCAAUACCGCAGUCUCGAGACUCCGCAUGGUUUCCCUCUCCGAUCCGGACUCAACGUCAAGGACCCUGGAGCUCCGAGAUGGACAAGUGGCAGAAAGGGUGACCUACGUGAUAUCUGGAAGGCUGCGGUGCGGGGCACAGUGGAAGAGGAUGGUCGAGUCACCGGUAAACAAGGCAAGAUCUAUACCGUUCUUGGGAGAAAAGCGAUCGAGCAUUCGUUGGAGCAAGUUACUCAAGAAAUGAACGUCAUUGGCAGUCGCCUGCAAUCCUCCAAGGUGAACACGGUUGCCAUCUGUCUGACGGACUCGGUUGAGCUGCUGGCUGCUAUCUUCGCGGGCGCUUUCUACGGACUCAAGACGAUCAUCAUCCCCCACAACCUGGACGCAGAAUCGCUCUCGACUCUUCUGAAGGAGUCUCAAGCGGAAGCUCUUAUUGCCGAGGCCGGCGCUCUCGACCUGUCUCUCGUCGCCAAGGGAAAUGAUCAGCUCUCGCAGGUUAUCUGGGUCGCGAAACUUGGGAGCAGGCAUAUGGAUUGGAACGAUGUUCCCGAGGAUGUCAAGGGUACUCUGGAGGUGGGUGUCUGGCACGAACUGGUUGAGGCGAAGAAGGAUUUGGCUGGACUUGAGGUUCCUACCUGGGACCCAAGCUCUCCUACGCCUUCGGUGACCACCGUCUGGCCGUCCAAGUCGUCCGCAGGCGAGUUCGUCGAGUAUCAGCCCGAGAACCUGGUUUCGGGUAUUGCUGGCCUCAUGUACUCUAUCCCUCGUCCCCAGCGGAUCAGCCCCAGCGAUCUCGUUCUCUCGAUUGACUCACUUUCGCGCUCGUACCCUCUGUGCCAGAUCAUGACUGCAUUGUACUCCAAUGCGUCCGUUGCUCUCAACUCGGUUGCUGGCGAGAGUGUCGAUUUUGCUCUCGCCACUGUUGGAGUGUCUCCGACUGUCAUUGUUGCCUCUUCUCGCACCAUGUCUGAUUACCACAGCAAAUUCAUGAAGCCGCACUCCGGCUUUAUCUCCCGGUUCUCUCGUUGGAUCCAGGUGCGAAGCUUGGAUUCCGGGUACAUGCCAUCGCAUGGCGUGCUGAACCAGGUGGCUAACGUCGGGCCCACCGCCGAACUCUCCCUGGACAAGCUGCGUCUGUUGUGCGUCUCUCACCGCGUCGAUGCCGAUCCCGAGGUUCAGUUGGACUAUGAGCAACUUGCCGACCUCCGCAUCCUCACUGGAGCACGUGUCGUGUACGCCUUGAGUGGUCCCGGAGUUGCGGGAGCCGUGUUCCAGACCAACGUCUUUGACUACCGUCGCUUCAAAGGCGCGAGCCACUUUGGCGCGCCUCUGAGCAGUGUGGAAGUUGUGUUGACUGAGGUGCCGAAAGAUGCCACAAUCGAGGAGGGACAGAUCACUGUCUCCGGUCCUUCUGUCAUCUCUGGUAAGACCGCGCUGGCAGGAAGAGCUCGCAUCCGCGAUGACAACACGUUCCAGCUCCUGUAAUCACUUGUCCAGCACAUGCGCGUUUGAGCGUUUAUUCCGGGAUUCUUUCCUUUCCUCAUUGCCACCUCGAUCAAAAUUCUCAUCAUUGCAUCAUGUUGGAGAUAGCACAUAGUUUAGUUUCAUAUCAGGACAAUGAAAAUGGCAUCUAUUUCAAAUACAGAUAGA